UGUCCGGAUUGACUCCAAAUCUUAUGUUAUUCCUAGUGGGUCGUUUCUUCACAGGACUGGUCGUUUCCUGUGCUUACAUUUACGCCUUCGCACUGAUGAGUGAAAUGAUGAAACCGAAUUAUUUCACUUGGGUCGCAUUUCUAUCCGAGGCAACCUUCGGACUUGGAAUGGUAGCUUUGAGUGGAUCGGCUUUUGCGAUUCCAAAUUGGAGGUAUUUACAGCUUGCGGUGGCAGUUGCACUCUUGAUUCCGACAGUGUUGCUGAUCGUAUUCGUGCCGGAAAGUCUCCGCUGGCUCAUCGCUAAAGGAAACUUUAAGCGAGCAGUUCAAGUCGCCUCCAGAAUGUCUGAAUCGAACGGGGUCAGCUUCGAUUCGAUAUUGGAAAAUGAACUCUACAAUUUGUGCCAUCAAAAUCAUGAUGAACUGAACGAAGAAAGCAAGAAGAAAAAGGUAAAGUCAGAAUUCAAGGUGGCAAAAAGCUUUGCCAUUGUCCAGAUUUUCAAAAAUCGAUCAUUGGCAAUCCAACUGAUCACGCUGGCAUUCUGUUGGUUGGUUAUAAGUGCAGUUUAUUACGGUAUAUCUCUCGGAGGAUCCAUGAUUCCUGGAGACCUCUAUCUCAACACUGCUCUGAUGGGGUUCUUCGAAGUCCCUGCGAUGAUUGUUGCCUCUUUGCUGUCUUACAAACUUGGGCGGAAAAAAGUGUUCACUGGAUCCCUAAUCUUUACAGGUAUAUGCUGCUCUUCCAUAGCAAUUACCUCGGCUUACAAAACCGAUCUGGGCUCUCGAAUUUUAGCUCUGGCAGGCAGAUUUGGAAUCACGAUUAGUUUCGCAGUUGUGUAUCUUUACACAGUCGAGAUCAUGCCGACGAGCGUUCGUGUCACGGGAAUGACAUUUUGCUCAUUCACUGCUCGUUUUGGAGCCAUUCUGUCUCCUUAUUCGGUUUUGCUAAGUGAAAAAAUAUGGGGUCCAAUUGCGUUUGUAAUUUUUGGAUCAGUAGCGCUUAUUGCUGGGCUACUGGCGCUAACUUUGCCAGAAACGCACAAUAAACCUUUACUAGAUUCAGUCGAGGAUGGCAAAAACACAAAAAUUAAACGUCAGAAAACGGCAUUGCAUGAGCCAAAACUAAAAGGCAUGAGUCAUGAAACAGACAAGGCAAACAAAAGCGAAAGCAUCAUUUGAAUGCUUCAAACUUCCACCCAAGUCCCAGAAAGGAGAGAAAGAACAUUUUUGAUUCAACUACAAUCGAAAGGCACAACUGCCAGCGUUACUUUACGCGCAUAUUAGUAUAUUAGUAAUCUAGACGCGCUAAGUAUU